UGUCCUGUGCUGUCUGGGAUAUAUGCUUCAUUUACAUUUGUAAAACGACAGAAUGCGGAUAUGUGCAAUCAAAACGAUCAGAUAAUGCAAAUCUUAAAAGUCACUAACAAUUCCAUUGCAACAGUACCCACAUUUAAUCAGCUUCCACAGUUACCUUGCAUUCUACUACUAGCAACAUUUGAAGAUGUUACGCGAUUAGAAGAAUACCUUAAAAAGGAAGAAAAUAUUUCUACUCUGACUUCUUAUUUGUCGACAAUUGGAGGUCGCGGAGAUGCAACAUCAAUAACAAAUAAUAUACUUCGUCGGAUUCUUUCGGAUAAGUUUGCAUCGUUUUAUAGCUUCUUGGGAAAGCGAAAUAAUAAAAAGUCCUUUGCAAAAUUGAAGCUCAACGAUGUAGUGAUCACAUCUGUUCAAAAGGCAUUACUCAGUAGUACGCAACAUGAAAUAGAAAACUGCGUAAAGGUAUGGUUAAAACACGCCCCGCAACGGUCUUCUCUUAAAGCGAAUAAGAAUAAUUAA